AUGACCGCUUCAUUACUCCUCCACUCGCACUGGGCUGACCCGGUGAUGUUCCUCUACGACAACGGCCUGGAUGACAGAAGCAAGAACAUGGAAGGAUUUACUGGAGGAAACUUCGCUGCAAACCAGUGCAGGAAUCUGUUAGCGCAUCCAACCUCGCUGGCUCCGAGCACCACCUACGCUGCGAGUGAGGUGCCAGUGUCUGGCAUGGGGGAGCCUGGCAAACAAUGCAGCCCCUGUUCAGCCACGCAGAGCUCGCCCAAUGCAUCUCUGCCUUAUGGAUACUUUGGCAGCAGUUAUUACCCCUGUAGGAUGUCCCACGGCAGCGUCAAGGCUUGCGCGCAGCCUUCUGGUUAUGGCGAUAAAUACAUGGACUCACCGGUCUCUGGUGAGGAGUUCUCCAGCAGGGCCAAGGAGUUCGCGUUUUAUCAGGGCUACUCCUCGGGCCCCUACCAGCCCAGCUACCUGGACGUGCCUGUCGUUCCUGCGCUGAGUGCUCCAUCUGAGCCAAGACACGAGUCUCUGCUGCCCAUGGAGCCCUACCAGCCCUGGGCCAUCACUAAUGGCUGGAGUGGUCAGGUUUACUGCACCAAGGAGCAGCCACAGUCAAACCCCCUGUGGAAAUCCUCGUUACAAGACAGCAUAUCUGGAGGAGACAGCUCAGUGCGCCGCGGGAGGAAGAAGCGUGUGCCAUACACCAAGGUGCAGCUCAAAGAACUGGAAAGGGAAUACGCCGCCAAUAAAUUCAUCACCAAGGACAAAAGGAGGAGGAUAUCCGCGCAGACCAACCUGACAGAGAGACAAGUGACUAUCUGGUUUCAGAACCGGCGCGUAAAGGAGAAGAAAGUGGUGACGAAGUUCAAGAGCUCCAGUUAGCUGAGGAGACUCUGAAGCAGGAGGUGAAGGGCCUUCAUCUUUAAAACAAACUGUGUUAAACUAUAAUUUAUUACAUUAUCAACGGGUUCUCUGUCGCCAGAGCGGCUCUGCUUUGACCUGCACAUUUCCUUCCUCCACUUUUAAUUGGAACCAGUCGAUGCGGCCUGUUGGCAGAAGGUCGGAAAUGGUUUGCAACAUGUUGACCAAAGCGACUCUGACGGAUUCAAGAUCUCCUGAAAAAAUCACUAAACAACAAAACUUUCGGCCUUAAAGGCAAGAGACACCCGAGGAACGCGCUUUUUAUUCACUAAAGACUGGAAUCGGUACAAUGAUUUAUUUUAAUUUAACUGAUGAAGUGGCAAAUAAAUAAACUGUCACCUUCAGUCUGUGAUUGACCAUCACAAUAAAAGAGAAAGUUAAACAACUUAUUUAAAAAACAGAAAAUUCAUUUUGAAAUUCUGUUUUAGUAUUCAUUCACGUUUUA